GAGGUGAGACCAAACACGAUGACUGUGUUUAGCCAGCCCACUUUGGUCUAGACGUCUAGGCGCUAUCGAGCUGCCUAAUGCAAGAUACAAAACCUUACCCCUAGCACUAGUGCAGUGGUGCCUUUCUCUUCCACAUGGCGCGCUGCAAACAGCAUGCAGCUUCGGGAAGAGCUUCGUUUCCACUUCAUCACAACCUUAGGCCGCUUAGUUUAUCUGUGCUGAUACCCAACCUACGCCUAGAACUGCUACAUCUAGUCUGCCUCUGGCCAAUGAAGGGUGGUGUUUUGUCCCGUAGCCUCCGGCACACACAAACCAGCUGAUUUGUGGAGACGUCCCGCUGUGCAACCAGUCAACUUCAGGUUACUUGCGUCAGCCACACAUCAGGCUCUCGACUGAAGCAGUGCUGCCUCUUGCCAGUCUUGGCAGCGCAAGUGUUGCCGUGGAGUACUCCAGCCGAAGGAGUUGGAGACAGACUGCUCCGGACCAGCUGAUCAUAGCUUUCCUCGGCGCUGCAUUGCUUCCCGUGCACAACGGGGAGCGUUUUGGGCGUCUGAAUCGGGAGUUACGCUAACUUAGUAGGCAAACUUCCUCGAUCCUCUCGGCAUCCCGGCACGGAACGGCGUCAGCAGAUCGCCAAGGCACAGGCGAGGAUGGUUUAGCUUUCCCACGACUUCACGUCACGUAGCUCCCAGGACGCCACCUCAAACUAUUCGCCCAUUGAACGCUGAGCGUGCGCUUGGAAGCGCUCGGAGGGAUUGUGGAAUAUAGGAGAGGGAGGAGGAGAAGGCAAUCGGUCUUCACGAUGGACCGGGUUACACUUCCUCCGAUUGGGAAUCCGCAAAGAAAAAAACGGGUGGAUCGAAAAGGACAUCGACAAUGGAAGACAGAUCCUCUCAAGCUUCCGGGAAUUCAAAAUGGCAUAAUGACCAGGUCGAUGCCAUGCACGGGCUGUACAAAGAAAACCUGUAGUUGUCAGGUUGCGGCGAGGAGACGCCCCAGGUAUGAAACUUGGCAUGGCCAGAAGACCACACAGCUUCACAAUGGCCAACAGUCCAAAACAACGGCAAACGACCUGCUGGCCUCGAUGGGUGUCGUGUACGGCACCAAGUGCCGCUUGAAGACCCCCGCAGCUCAGCCUAAGAAGACCAGAAUGCACCACCACAGGAGCAAGCCAUCAAAGGGAGCUGCCGCCGCAAGUCAACCACUGAAGCUCCCUCCGAUCCAGACGAAUGCCAAGGUCAACCAGGAUAGUCACGUUCAGCAAACGGGGCGCCCAGGAGGCUUACAGAUCAUGACGGGUAGUCUGCCUGAUCUUCACCACUACUAUUCAUGGCUUAACUUCGUCGCAGACCCAGUGCAAAGCGGACCAGGGCAAUUCCUGUCCGGAAGACAUCCCAAUUAUUCCCGCCAUGGAGUAUACAACAGAGCUAAAAAGGUACACAACCGGUAUCCUGGACACAGCAGCCGACUCGUACAUCAACGCAGAUUUUCAUCCAGCUUGAGCGCACUGGAUGGUGUUGAUACGGAGCAAGCCAUGCAUGAGCAGGCCAUGAGUCGCAUAGCUAAGCACUACCCCAGCCGACACGGCCCGGUGGUCGACUACUCGAAUCCGCUCGGCAUUUCGUCGUCGGUGCUGUCAAAGGCCGACGCGGCCACGCGCCCCAACAGUGCCAGCAUGGACAGCGGAAUGGGCAGCAGCCUGUGCAGCAGCACUGGACUCUCAUUGCACGGCGGUGCCGUGUACGGUGCGGCGGGCGGCGGCGGCCAUCGCGGCGGCGGAGCAGCCAUGCCACCCGCCAUUUCCAGCACGGGGUUUUCCAAUGCCGCCAGCGUUGCCUCCAGCCUGCAUGGUCGCAUGACGCGCGACAGUGGCCUAGGAGAAUUGGGUGUCAGCCCUACGAAGACUUGCUAUGGCCAACAUGCACGAACACAGCUCCCGGCUAUUCCAGCAACAUCGUACUCAACCAAUGAUAAAUUGACACACCGGAACACAGUGACCUCUAUCAAGACGACUGAGUUGCCCGCAAUCGUUCGUCAGCUGAAUGGCAACGGUGCAAAUAGUCGCGCUCGUCAGGCGAAACACAGCAGACUUAAAGGCGAUUUCACUGAAUUCCACAAUUGGAGGUCACCCACAGUCAUAAACCUCAUGCCACUGGAUGCAGACGGGAGACGCACGACAAUGUCAAACCUGUACGGCAACAGCAGCAGCAACGCACAUACUAUGCACAGCCAUGUCUUGGCAUCGGCCCAACACUACAGUGCAGCUUACAUGCUAGAUGCGCCAAUGUACAUGCCACUUGAGACACAGCUUCUAAAGACAUAUCCACAAGGAAGACACGAAGGCACGCUCAAGAACCCAGCUGCUCUCCCAGUCCAGCAGCACUUCGACCAAGUGAGUGAGAACACCCGACAGGCACUGACCUCGUCAUUGCCCUCCAUACCAACUGCCAACACAGCAGCAGUGAAGCCUGAGCGAAAUGUACAGCUGGACAAACGGGGAAAGGUUGACCCGAAGCCAAGGGCAGAGCGAUGCCGUUCAGCACAGGGGAGAGUGCGUGUAAAGGCAAGGAAAGAAGCUAGCAUGAAGAAGAGCAAGUCGUGUAUAUCUGUAGUGAACAUGCAGCUGGGAGGCUAUGGAACACCACUCAUUGUGUCGCAGAGUGGCAGGCUACCCCAAUCGACAGCCACAACUGUUGACACGGAGCUGAGGUUUGUGAAUGAUGUACACAUACGCCCCAUCGACCAACACCAUCACCAUCAUCAUCAUCAUCAUCAUCCUCCUCAACACCAUCACCAACAUCAGCAGCCACGCAAGCAGCAGCACGGUCAAAAGCAGCAGCACCAGCUGAAAGCUGCUCCCACGGACGCUCUCUCUACGGUAUCCUCGCAUCAUUUUCUAGGAAAUAUCGGAACCGACCCGCAGGUGGUGGCUGCGAGAAAGCAUCACCAUGGCAAGCUGAUGCACAACCUCAACCAUCGUGCGGCCGACACUUCAGAACAACAUCAGGAGCAGCAGCAGGAGAAUGACCUGCCCAUUCCAUUCGACGAGUUGCCACCGGAUCUGCAGCAGCUGGAUAGGGACUUUCUUGUGUUCCUGCUGAAAAAGGCUGAAAAGCUGCUCCUGCAGAAUAGCAAUCGGGAUCGGAGCGUGGCACUUACGCAGAAUCGAGCCGCUUUCAUCGACACCGUCAAGAUGAUACUACAAGACAUGGUGCAAAGCGCCGCCGCACCACAGCAGACCAAAGCAACCAAAACCGGUGCUCACCACCUGAAGAACGAGGCAACAGCCUUGUCGUUGGCAAACAUCGAUGCAGCGUUGCCUGGUCAGCAUGCUCCAUUGCCCGACUGGCAUUGGUACAACAGACUGAUGGAUCAGCAGCGCAAGCAGCAAGCUAUCACCACCGCCGGUGCCGCUCCCACAACUAAUCACGCCGACGUGCCACCCGCAGAAGCACACGACCUCAACUCCCUCAGGGUGGUGGGAAACCAGUUUGGCACGGAGGUCCUUGCAAAGAGUAGAGCGGAGCGCAGCAGACCGGAGAGGCGUAGGGGCAAGGUGAGAGAGGCUGGUGGCGACGACAGCUACGGAUCCGGUACUGACUACGACAGCGAUGCCACCAGUGUCUACCAAGGUGAUGAAGGAGCAGCUGAGCGCUUGACGAAUGGCCGCCGGAUGGGAGAAACCGGAGGCGAUAGCGACCACUCGGGAUCCACGGGAGAGCACACGAUUGCCGCUGAUGUCAGCGACAAUGAGUCAGUUGUCGCGCCGGCGAAACAUAACAAUGUGCGGCUUCACUUGGAAGGCAGGACACCACCUGGGAACUCCGGUGGGCUAAGUCCAAUGCCCGGGGACGACAACAUUAUGUUGACAAAGUCACUUCCAGCGCUGGACAAAGACAUCAACCCUUCGGAGCUCAUGGCCAAGUUCCGUAGCAACCUGGCUGACUUGGACGCUGAACGACUUCAAGUGACUGGCUCUCCAGCCUCGUUCACAAUGGUGUCGCGGGCAAGCAGUGCAAACAGGUCUCGCCGAAACUCAGCAAAAGCAUUGCAACCUAAGCCUCACAAAAGGGGAGUGGAGGAAAGCAACGUGCAAGAUGGACGCUACAAGAACAACGCAUCAACGGCGCAUACCGAGGGUGCCACUCACCAUGAUUCCAAUGACUCGGGCGUGAGCGGCUCGGACACUGCUCAAACAAGCCACAACAGAGCUGGUCAGAGAGGAGCACACGGUGCACAUGAUGGUGAUCAUGACAGCAGUGAUAGUGAUGGCACACAGCACGGUGGAAACAUGCAACGACACGGCAAGGACGCCUCGUUGCAGUUCACUACGCCAUCGUCCCCAUCGUCACUCGAUUCAAGCGGUACUGCAGGCCAUAAUGCGGACCGUUUUGGCAAUGCGUUGCCUCAUGGGAUUGCAGGCAAAUCAGACAGAACAUUAGCUGGUGAUGGAAAAGGCAGAGCUGGAGAAGGCAAGGACGGCAACAGUGAACACACCGGUCAACUGAACAAACACUCUACUGAUUCCAACACAGAGCAAUCUGGAAGAGGGGGUCCCAGCUCAGAAAAUGACACCUCCGGCAAAGGAGAGAACACAGGCUCAGAACGUAACCAUGGAAACGAUUUCAGUGGUUCAACCGGAGCUGAUCAGAGACACGGUGAGCAAGAUGCUGUGGGAAACGGAGGAAAACUUCGAAACAAUGGCCAGUAUCAAAACGGAGAUCCACAUCUGAGGAAAGGUCGAUUUCAAAACGGAGAACUUGGCGACAAAUCUUUAGGUUCGGAUCAGCACCCGCCCGGGAAUGCACUACCCGAUGGGCAUGGUGCGGGAACUCAUCACGAUGGUAAAGGCAUCCAGGAAGGCAAUGCAGGUGUUGGUGGCGGUGGAGGAGCAGCGAAGGGCAACAACCGUAGGCCGCAUACCGAUGCUCUUUACAGAGGUGGCGAGGAAGCAAGAGGUACAGACGGGAGCGGAAACAACAGACGGCACGGUGGCUCGG